GAUGAAGAUUGUCUGCCUGAUCUGGAUCGUAACGUUGGUUGUCUCUGGAAGUGUCGUACGUCAAACAGGGGAAAGGCAAGGAAACACGAACAGAAAUUUGGUUAUCGUCACGACGCACGACGAUUCGUAUUCACAUUACUGGAGAGUUUGGUUUGAUCCAGUGUUAUCAGUCAUGAAUGGUGUCUUCCUAACAAAUGAUAACGGGACAGAAAUCCCGCGAAAGAAUCCAGGUAAAUGAUUUGCAUAAAAUCUAUCAAUUUUCUUCUCUCCAAGUUCUUUGCAUAAAUAAAGUGAGUGAUUUUCUGCACAGUUUGCAACUUCUAUGCACAUUUACAACUGUCCUUAUCCUUAUGACUAUUUACAUGUUCAUGUUUAUCCACUUAUGUGAGUAAACCAGAGUUAUGGUGUUAGUGGUCAUUGGAUGUGGAUGAAAAUCAAUUAGUAGCCGCAAAAAAAAGUGUUUUACCUGCUUUACCCUUAGCAAUUUUCUGUCUCUUUUUAGUGUUUAUAAAGUGUCUUAUUCCAAUAUUUGUUAAUACUUAGCGGGGCUUCACAGUGUUGUCCACUGUUAAAAGACAACCGAGAACAUUUUCAAUAAUCGCAAAUGUCCUCCAACAAGGCUGUGAUAGCUCUGAGUAUCCUCAUAAACAAAAGUCACUUUAACCAUAUUGCAACCAAUAAUAUAUAUAUAUAUAUAUAUAUAU